AUUGCAUCAUUGAUAGUGCGUGCUCUUAUCUAAUUUCCAAAUAUUGAAAAUUCUAUUUAUCGAAUUAUACAUAUAUUCAUAAUGUUAAACAAUACUUUAUAUCUGAGGUUCGGAUUAUCGGUGCGAUGUAUAAACAAAUUGAUUGAACAUUCCAUUGACAAGGGUGCUGAUAGGAUAUAUAUUAAGUUUGUUUCUGCAUUAAAUCGCAUUCAAAUAAUCGAUGACAGUUCUGGCAUUCCUGUAGAAGUCUUAAGAAAUGUUGGAGAAUCAUUUCAUACAAAUUAUUUUUCAAAUGAAAACGAUUAUAACUAUAAUAAUCUGUUGUAUAAAAUUCGAAAUUCAUCGAAUUAUUUAUUUAUAUGGAGCAAAUAUUCAGGAGAAUCUUAUGUGAAGAUAUUUUCCAAAGAUGAAGCUCCUCAGCUAAUAAAUUUUUAUUCACGAGAGCUAGACGGUACAACAGUGACAGUCUACGGGCUUGUAAGAAUAGAUGAAAUGAAUGCGGAUAUAAAUGCAAUACAAUAUUUAGUUGCUUUAUACGCCAAAUUAUUUAAACAUGUUACUUUCAGACUUAUGGUUGAUACAGAAGAGCGAAUUAUUGAUUUAUUCAUUCCAACGAGAGUUUUAAUCAAACUUCUUAAAAUCAUUUUAGCGAGAGAAUAUCCAUUCUGCGACGUAUGUCGCUCACUGGAUGAUACUUUCUGACUAAGAAUCCGUAUCUAUAUAGGAAUAAAAUAUUUUCGUUAUAUAUUUGUGAAUGGGAUUUACGUGCAUUGUCCAAUGAUACAGAAUUUAAUAUUAAAAACGUUGAACGAAAAUUUUCAUGACACUAAACUCGAUUUGAAAAGGAACAAAGUUUCGAAUUUGUCAUUUAUACUAUACAUCAACUGUGUACAGACGGAAUACAAACUUAUUACGGAAAAUAAUAUGACAUGGAUAAACUUUAAUAAACUGAAAGUGAUCCGGGAAGUUAUGAAAGAAGCCAUUAGAAAAAAUGUUAUACACAAUUUUAAAGCAUUGCCUCUGCAAUUACCAAAGGAUAGAAUAACAAACAGAGAUUUAUUUGAUGUGUCAGCACAUAAAGAUAUAUCCUUGUCGCGAACAAGCGAAGCACAAUAUUUGCUUAAGCUGGAUAAUCCUUUGUCAGAUGAAACCAUGCCAUACAGCAUCAAAGGCUUACAGAAGUUUAGAGGAAAGUAUCGUAAGUUGAUGUUGAAAUACAUACGUCAAACUUUGCAGAAGAAGGAUUCAAUUCGAUCUGAACGAUUAAUUAAAAUUAAGCCACCAGAAAAUAUAACCUCAAUAAAAACUGCAAAUUAUAUUCGUCAUUUACGAAAGUAUAAUAAUACAAGAGAAGUGAAAGGAAUUAACAAAUUCACCAGCGUACUUCGAAAGAUGAUAAGAAGAGAUAUGCUUUUAAUGAGGAAACGACUGUUCAAUAUGAAACUAGGAAGAUCGAGACUUCAAAGGAAUACGUAUAAAAGUACAAUGGAAAUACGCUCACAUAAUACGUUCCAUGCAUUAUUUCAAAAUAACGAAUUAUCCGACAAGAAGAAUAUUACUUCUAACGUGAAUAUUAUGAUAAAUUUAAAUGAUUCGAAUAAAAUGCAUAAUGCCAAAGAAACAAUAAUUCAUGUGAAUCAAGUAGAAACAGAUACCUUGUAUUGCGGUUCUGAAUGGUCUGACUGGUCUUAUCACAGCAAGGAACCAAAAGUUAAUGGCAAAGAAUCAUAUGAUAAACAUUUGAAUAAAUAUGAAAAUCGUAAACACUAUGAUUUUCUUCCUCGGAACUUAAAUAAUCUUUUACUCUAUGGCUCAAAGAGAUUAUUAUAUAAAACAAACAUCGAAACUUACGUCAAGAGAAAUAUCCUAGAGUCUGCUUCAUAUGGUAUGGGUCGGCGGCAGGAUUUAGAUGUACGACAUUGUACAAUUGAUACAGCCAUUCGUGAAUUCACACUGAAAAGAAAAUCUGUGACAUUGUUAGAAGCGAUCGGCCAGAUAAAUCUUGAAUUCAUAGCCGCGUUGACCGUUCAGGACGACAAGGAAUUGUUGAUACUUAUUGAUCAGCACGCAAUGGACGAAAGAAUUCGUUAUGAAAGUAUUUUACGAAAAAACGUCUUCGUGUCUGUUGACUUACUGAAACCAAUCACUGUGGAGAUCAUGAAGCCUCAUAUUUGUCAAAUCCUAUUAGAUAAUCCUAACUUAUUGAAACAAUUUGGCAUACGUUUGCAAGCAGGGGAUAAUUAUUCUUUAAGAGUAAUUAGCAUACCAAAGUGCUUUGCCAAAAGAAUAUACAAUGAAAAUGAUACGAAAGUACUUAUGCCAGUGCGAAAUUUAUUAUUGGAAUUAGCUGAAAAUUUAAUAACAGCUAAUACAGUCAGCAUUGUACCUUUAACCAUCCGUCAAGCUGUAGCAACUGAAGCUUGUCAUGGUGCUGUUAAAUUUGGUGAUCCAUUAACAUUAGAACAGUGUAAAACUCUUGUGGAAUCUUUGAAAGAUACUUGUGCUCCAAAUCGCUGUGCACAUGGACGACCAUCAUUGAUACCAUUGCUGAUACUUUCAGAUUUUACAAGACAGCAACCAAAGCAGCUACUGGGGAAACUGAACUUUGCAUCAUUGACGAGGACGAGGAAGUAGAUGACCCCUGGGGAAGCUGACAAAAUCGUAUUAUAAGACGUCAAUGAAUAUAAGACGGAAAUCAAAAUUUAUUUAUAUUUUUUUACAUUCAUCGUUAUUUACAUGAGAUAAUUGUUACAAUUACGUUAAACUAUAAACAAAAGUAUUGUGAUCUUAAUUUAA